AAAAUCGAUUUUCACCCCACAAAUCGAUUAACCAAAAAACCUGGUGUUUGGGUAAUUGAAGCCAAAAUCGAUUUUUUUCCUCAAAAAAUCGAUUAAUAUGGCUAUCCAAACACACAAGAAGAUCCCAGCUCUCGAUGGCGUUGGAUAGCCGCGUAGAGAAAAUCCUAUGGAAUGAGGACCAAAUCUACCGCCGAGUCUCCGAGCUCGCCGCCGAAAUCACCGACGAGUUCCGUUCCUCUUCUCCACCGCCCGUUUUUGUCGGCGUGGCCAUCGGCGCCUUCUUGUUUUUCGCCGACCUUGUUCGUAAAAUCGACCUUCCCAUUUCCCUUGAUUUCGUUCGAGCUCAGUCCUACGGUUCUGGAACCUGCUCCAAUGAAGCACCUGUCAUUUCCUCUGAUUUGAAGGUUGACGUCCAAGGCCGCCAUGUAGUUCUGGUUGAGGACAUUGUAGAUACGGGGCAUACUAUAUCGAGCAUAAUUGCUCUCUUGAAAGCAAAAGGAGCAUCCUCUGUCUCUGUGUGUACUCUCCUUGAUAAACCAGCAAGGAGAAAGGUUGAAAUUCAGCCAGUUGGCCGGGGGAAGUUCUACAGGGGAUUUGAGAUAGAAGCCAUGUAGAUAAUGCGAUACACACGUCAUUGCUGGAAUCUUGAUAGUUGUCCUAUGGAAGGCAUAUUAUGUAAUAACAUGAUAGACCUUCAAAACUUGAUAAGAUUGAAGAGCAAUGAAGAGGAGUUAAGGUUAAAUUUGUCUAUUUCAGUCUCAUUUCAACUUGAUGUGUGAUUAUAUCCUUGAAAUACUCAUGGGUUCGUCAUUCUUGAACAUACAUGUUCUCCCACUAAUUUAUGUGCAGCUCUUGAAGAAAGCUCGGUGUUGUAAAGCAGUUUCCUUAUUUGACAAGCUCAGAUAAUAGUUAUAUACUAUAUGCAUUGUGGGUUAACCACAGGAUGACCCCUGAACUUUUGAUUUUGCUCCAAUGGAAUCAAAUAUGAAUUAUGGAUCAGUUUAGUUAU